CUCCUAUCAGUAUGUUCCCUGUUAGCACAUGAGCAAUGCAGCUCAACUGAUUGGCUCUGUGUGCUGCUUAUCCCUCUCCUAGCCUGAGCUCUGCUGUACAGGGGACUACAAGGAGAUCCAGAUCUUUAUUAAACAUAAACAUACUAAAACACAUUCUGCUACCAGGAACAAUAAAGCCGCGAGAUUACACACACUUGACAGUGAGUUAUUUUUAAAGUCAGUGAAGGGUCAGGAAUGUUGUAAGGCUACACAUCAGAUAUUUGGGGAAACAGCAGAAAAACCUGAGUGUCCACCUGCGUGAGCUUCCGCGUAUGAGAAACCGAGAAGGGGAAAACCAAGACGACAAACCCACCGCCGGGACAGUUAUAUUAUUUCCAUUUUCAAUCAUACGUGGCUUUGCCUUCAAUGUGAAGACUUCCAAUGACUUCAUCUCAGAUGCAAUUCACAAUGCUAUAGACCUGGCCAGGGUCAGCAAGUGUUCCAUAAUGGCCAAAAACACUUCAGAGAUUAUCAAUAGAUUCCGGAAGAAAAUACCAGACCUGCCUGAAGAAGACGUGGAGGAUCUCCUUAGUAACCUCAACCUCCGGUGUCACCUGGCCUCCAAAGAUCGUUUCCAUGUGCUGGAAGCAAAGACUUACCAAGAGAAGCUUGAACGGUUCUUGAAUGUCCAAGUGAAGGAAGGGCCGGUGGCUUGUGAAAAGCUAGUCAACCAUUUGCAAGAGAUCUCACCCACGUUCCCAGCAUUGUCUGACCUGUUCCCAGGGUCAGCCCUUUCUGCGAAUAUUCGCCCUUGUGUUCCACCAAAACCAAAUAAACUUCUGACCCCACCUAGGGCAUCGGGGCGUAGGGAAUCGGGGCCGGGAAAGCUGCCAACAUCAAGGGUCUUCUCCGUUCCUGGUGUGACCGCAGCAUGCAAUACACCCACAAUUUUGGCAAAGAUGGCAGAUCCUCAUCAUAUAGAUCCUCCACGAAUUAAUGGAAUUUGUGAUGAGAUUCUCCGCCGGUUAGGAAUGAAAAAGUACAAGAAGUCAAAGAUGAAUGUCAGUAAAAUUUUAACAAUUGGACGCAAUAGUCUGAAGGACAUUGACCUUCGUACUAUAGAAGACGCUCCAUGGUAUUUCCUAAGAAAGCUUAUGUCGCUAAAUGUGAAUGCGCGGAGAGCACAUAUAGAGGAAUCAGAAUCGGGCGUGAACAUAGACUUUACAAAUCCAUCAUCUGAAAGUACAGACCUAGACCAUUCAGGAGAUCUCCAUCCCUUAGAUGUCCUGUUCAUUCUUCUGCAUUGCUCCGACAGCAUUUUACAACAGGAGAUUGUGACAAAACUGUCUAUGUGCCAGUUUUCUGUACCCCUGCUACUCCCAGCUUGCAAUGGUUCGGAAUGCACCUACAUGUUGUGGGCAUUGAGGGACAUUGUUAAAAAAUGGAGACCCCAUUCACUUGAAGAUAGGAAUAGUUUUAGUGAAGACAAUGUGGUGAAUAUGCAAAUUCCAUUUUUUUCUUUUGUGAGGCUAGAAGAUUGCCGCUUAUCAAAAUCUGCCAUCCUGAACCAAAUUCUAACACCACCCCAGCAGUAUCAUAAUUUCUUCAUACACCGAGACAUGGAAGGUGGAUACGUUCAAAAAAAACUCUCCAACGGCUUGGUAGAAAUGUUUUGGUAUUUGCCCGUUGGUCAAGAAAACUCAGACAUUUUUCCAGAGCCCAUUGCAGUUACAAACCUACAUGGCCAUAUCUCUUCUUAUUGGACACAGUUCAGCUUCUUAACCCAGAUAUCGUCUGCAGUUUUCAUAUUUGCAGACAGUGUUAGCGAGGCGGAGUGCACGCAGUUGUCCAAGCUUGGAGAUGCCAACACCAAAUAUUUCUUUGUUUCCCAAAACCUGGAAAUAAACAACAGUAUGUUACAGUCGUUGAACUCAUCAUUAAACAUGGAUGAUGGGCAUUUAAUACAAAAGAAGAAUAAGAAUGAUGCAGCUUUGGCUCGACAGCUACAGAACAUAAUGAAAGAGUUCAUUAGAAAACCCACCAAGCUGGUCACCUUGGAGAAGAUGGCAGAGAUCGCUUGUGAACUUGGAAUUCAUGUAGACGAGAACUCCAAAGAAUGUCAGUCAGCCAAACAGAGAGCAUUAAAAAUAACUAAAAGAAUCUAUGACGUAGCAGGGUAUAAAAAAGAAACAAUGAAACUACAGGGUGAUCUAUGUAAAGAACUGGCCAGAACCAGAACAGAAAUAUGUAGAAUGAGAAGGCAAGGGGUCGAAAAUUCCCAACUGUACAGGGAAAAACUUGAGAAUAAAAGGACAGAAUUAAUCAGACAGCAGUAUUCACAUACUCCAUCUGCAGGCAUUGUUGCCUUCAUAGAGUCAAUAUCACAGAAGAAUCACUCAGAGAGAUGCUAUUUUCUAAAAUGGAUGAAGAUAUUCCUCGAUUCAAUUGCUAGAACCAACCUAUCAAAAUUACAGAACCAGUACAAUGCCAAAGACAGCGAAGUUAUCAAACAGCUAGACCUAAUCAUGUGCAAGAGCUCUCUGGGUGUUGAGCACUUCAUACGAGAGUUGGGUCAGUUUUAUGAUGCAGAAUGCAAUCUUUUGAAAAAUAACGAGAUUCAAAAUGAGGAACGGAAAUUUAACAAGCUCCCGAAAAUUGCAGCAGAACUUUUACUGGAUGGCUUGCCACUGGAACUGAUUGAUGGAGAUUCCUCCAGUAUACCACUGGAAUGGAUAACUAAUGUUCUGAGUGAGCUAGACAAGAGGACAGGAGGCCAUUGCCGAAUUAGAGUUAUAACUGUCCUAGGAGUACAGAGCACAGGAAAAUCCACCCUUCUGAAUACCAUGUUUGGUUUGCAGUUCCCAGUGGCCAGUGGACGAUGUACAAGAGGGGCCUUCAUGACUCUUAUAAAAGUUGAAGAAAACUUUCAGCAGGAGCUAGGCUGUUCUUUCAUUUUGGUACUUGACACAGAAGGUUUAAAAGCUCCAGAGAUGUCUUCCCUGGAUGGAUCUGACCAACGUGACAAUGAAUUAGCAACCCUAGUGGUUGGCUUGAGUGACAUUACGAUCGUAAACUUUUCCAUGGAAAAUGCAGCAGAAAUGAAGGACAUUUUACAGAUUGUAGUCCAUGCAUUUCUAAGGAUGGAAACCAUUGGCAAAAAACCCAAAUACUUCUUCCUACAUCAGAAUGUCUCUGAUGUUGCUGCUAGUGCGAAAUGCUUAAGAGAUAGAAGGAAGAUUAUAGACGAUCUUGAUGAAAUGACAAGGACUGCAGCAAAGAUGGCAAAAAAGAGCGGGAUAAAGUCUUUUUCUGAUGUUCUGGAUGCUGACCAUGAGAACCAUAGCUGGUACAUUCCUGGUCUCUGGCAUGGUGUCCCACCAAUGUCUUCAGUUAGUACAGGCUACAGUGACAAGGUUUAUGAAUUUAAAAAAUACUUACUACAAGUCAUGAAAACAUCUAAAAGACAGGCCCAAAGCUGGAGCGAGUUUUCUGAAUGGAUAAGAAGCUUGUGGGAGGCCGUGCAAUAUGAAAACUUUAUCUUCAAUUUCAGAAACAGCCUGGUGGCAGAUGCCUAUGAUCAACUACAUGUCAAGUAUAAUGAGCUGAAGUGGAAAUUCAGCAAAGUCAUGUUUAAAUGGAUGCAGGAGACAGAAAAUAUCAUCCGGAAUCAGCCAAAUUCACAGAAAGAGCUGAGCGCAGAUGCAACUAAUAAUAUGUAUGAGAUACUUCAGAGUGAAGAGAAGAGCAUUCGGGAAGCUUUAGAAAGGUAUUUUGAUGGUGGAUCUGGAAACGCCAAUGCCCAUCUGAUAAAAAGAUACAGAGAAGAAUUUCUCAGGAGCGUAAGCUCCCUAAGGAAACAACUUGAAGAUGAUGUAAAGCAGAGAUUAAAUGAAUAUUGGCAAAUUCAGAAAGGGAAGGCUGUGAUUCAAACAAAUCAGAAUACAUUCAUGGAAGUUAUUGAAAAGAAAGCUUCAAGAAAAUACCAAACCCUCAAAAAAUGUGAAGACUUGCUUAAUCACGAUGAAGAGUUUGAGAAAAUAUGGAACGAAACAUUUAUGGAAAUAAAUCUGAUUAGCCUGCAUAUACACAACAUUGGUCAAGAAAUCCUACACCAACUUAGAACGGACAUGAGCCACAGCAUAGGAGCCGUAACUAUGAAGUUGCACAAUAUACACAACUUAAAGGACUAUGAAAAGAAAUGCUUUACAGCCCAGCCACAUCACUUUGACGUAAGCUGGUAUAACACAGACUCUAAAACAAUCUCAAACAAAUAUCCUGAUAAUCGAUUGGUUAAAAUGAAUAAGUAUGUAAAUGCACUGCUGCCCAGCUGCAAACAGUAUGUCACUGCUAAAAUUAAUACAAAAGAAGAUUACCAUGACACCUAUUGCCAAGAGCUCUUAAAUAUGGUAAACGAAAAACUCCAAGAGAGGGCUGCUCAGAAACUCCAUAUAUCACCUCAGUUUGAGUUAGACUUGAAACUUCAUGUCUUGGGGAGAGCGGCUCCCAUGUUCCAGAAGAUGCACGAGAACUUCAUCCAAGAGAAUGAUCCAAGGAUCAGCUUGGAGAAGUUAAAACCUCAGUAUCUCGCCACCUUUAGGAAUAUAUUCCUUGAGAAAGAUAUAUGUAAAAAGAGGGCAGAGGACUUUUGCCGUUCUUGUCUGAAACCAGCGAUAGUAGAAUUUAUCUAUAAAAACCUUGGGAGAGAAAUUGUGGAUGAUAUUUUGCUCAGCGAACACUCCAAAGAAUUUAGUAGUAGAAUGUUCUUCCAGUUCAACCUGCUUAAAAAUUUGCUGGAAGAAAAGGACUUUGACCAAUAUAUGAUAUAUAUCAAUGAUUAUGAAGCAUUUGUGAAGAGCAUGCUUCAAGAACAUAUAGUAAACAAGUAUGGGAAACCUGGUGGCCUUAAAAAUUUACAUGAAAAAAUUAUUCAUAAAAUCACACACGUGGUCAACAAUGCGUUGAAAGAUACAACUGUACAAGAACGUACAAAUGUCUCUUGCUUUUUGGAAAUGUUUUGUAAGCUUUUGCAAAAAGAAUUAGUCAUUCCGAGGAACGUUAUGAAUGUGAUUUUAUUCCAGAACAAUGACAAGGUCCAGCAAUUUUCUGAAUACAUUCAAUCUUCUUUCUCUAAACAGGUGGAGGAGAUUUUAUUAGAGAUGAAUUCUCUAGACAUUGACUAUGUGCUUUCCAUGGUCACUCUGAAUCCGUGGGAUCAGCUGUUCAAGAGAGUUUUCGGAUGCGGCAAGCUAUGUCCAUUCUGUAAAGUUCCUUGUGAAGCUGGAGGACAUGACCACACGGAGCAUUUUGCAUCAGUGCACCGACCUCAGGGGCUUGCAGGAUACAAAGACCUUGCAACAAAUGUCCUAUGUAACUCCAUAUGCUCCACCGACGUGGUAGGAAAUGGAUACUUCAGAAAUUCAUACACACAAGGGGUUCCUCAGCGUUACAAAGAAUACCGUAAAUUCUUUCCAGACUGGGUCAUUCAAUGUGACCCAGGCAUCAAUGCCUCAGAUUACUGGAAGUUUAUCUUAAAAGAAUUUAAUGACCAGCUUGCAGAAGAAUUUAAUGCUAUGCCAGCCGAAAUCCCCAAAAACUGGGGAAAGAUAACAAAAGAGCAAGCCAUGAAAAAUCUAAGGGAUUCAUUUAAUCUUUAACCCAUUAAGGCCGCGUACACACGAUCGGUCCAUCCGAUGAGAAUGGUCUGAUGGACCGUUUUCAUCGGUCCAAACCGA